GCCAUAGAGACAGCGAAACACACAAUCACUCUUCAGCAUGAUGCGGUCAACUGAGGAGAAAACUGUACUUUUAUGUGCUUUAGAUGAUGAUUUAGAGGGACUUACGAGUCUUUUGGAAAGCAAGAGCGCCAACGAUACUCAGCAAUCAGAGAAUAUUUUGUGGGAAAAAGAUGAUGUUGGUAGAAAUGCGCUGUUUGCUGCGUGUACACUCGGACGGAGCCGAAUAGUGCGCGAGCUCGUGCGGAACGGCGCUGACGUCAAUAAUCUCACGGCGCGCGGCUACUCAGCAUUGCAUUAUUCUGCCAUGUGGGGUCAGCUGGACACUUUAAAAACUUUGGUUGAGCUCAAGGCUGAUUUCCAAGCGAUCAGUUUCCGGGGAGAGAAGGCUGUCGAUGUGGCCCGGCGUUAUCACAAACUGGACUGUGCAGAGUAUCUGGCAUGGGCUGAGGCCAAACAAAGUUUGCAAGCAUUAGUAGAAGAUAUCAGAAACAUUAUAACUGAUCCAGAGAAAGUUCAAGGGAAGCUCAAUAAAGAGGACAAGACCGUGUGUAUAAACACCUGUUCGGCAAAAUCUGACUGGAUACACAACACCAAAAAUGCAACAAUUCAAGACUUCAUUGAACAGAAGAAGCACCUCGAAGACAUACUGGCACCUGUUCUGCUCAAGCUUAACACACAAUCUGAAGCCACAGUAAAGACAAGAAAGCCUUAGAACUUCAUUGCACAGAGGCAUUAUGUCGUUCAAAUGACAAAAAAUUGGUUACAUUAACUCAAUAGAUGUUCUGCAUUUAGACUUUUCAAAUAUUAAUAAUUAGACCCUAAAAUAAAUAUUGUAUGAUUCCUGACAUAGAAUUGCAACACUAUUUUAUCUGAAAAAAAGAAAGCUUUUAACUGCUGUUUAAUGAAUGUUUACUUUAGAACAUGUAUUGCACAAUUUUCAAUUAUUAACUGAUAAAGAGAAUCAAGGUCAUAUAAACAAGAAAAAAAUUACUGUGUCAGACAAAUUUUUUUAGCAGAGCUGUUGGCUGAUGUUCUUGUGAUGCGCUUAAUAAACACUAGAUGGAGACAGAGGCCGCGAUUCGUGGUUAGCUAAAUCAUUUCUCAGUAUCGCCAAAAUUGUCUUAAUGUCUACAAAACGUGUUAUUCAAGAACAAAAUACAACGCCUAUUAAUGUCAAAUCAACUUAAAUACAUUAUGACAUUACUGCACGAGGUUAACCAGCAGAUGUCUCAAAGACUCGAUAAUCAUUUAAUAUCUGUCUUACAAUAUCGAUCGAUGCUAUCUCAAUUCGUCCUUAUUUAAAAUGUAACAAAUAAAUAAUAUUUCUAAAAAAAAAAUAAUAAUUAUAAUGAAUUUUAAUUGAUGUCUGAAGCGGUUUAAAACAUAAAUUCGUGUUGAUCGAGUCACUCGGUCAUCGUCUAGUUUCCCCUGAAUCCCAGCGCACAGGCUGGCGAUGACAUGUGAUUGAGCUGGAAAAGCGGUUUGGAUUUGGAAGUGUGAAAAGGGCUGUCUGUCCUCACCACAGGACCGGGAAGAAGGGAGGGAGUCCCAAACAACGACUCACGCGUAAAGUGGACGACAGAACAAUAAACCGGUACUUGCUGUUAAUUUGGUGAUUACUGACGCAAACACAAUGCAGUAAACUCCUGCCGUCGAUCCAGGAAAACCGACGCCUGGAUUCAUUCAUGGACACACUCAAGAAACAGCGGUCCAUCCGGAUAUAACUUCAAGAACUGCUGCUUGUUGCUUCUGUUUUAACUUUUGGCUGCUGAUUCUGUCUUAAGAAAAGGGUGAUCUAAACUUUGCACUUUCGUAUGUUUUAGGUUUUAUAAGUGUUUACACUAUAAAAGCUUCUCUUUUUUUAUUUA